CUGUGCAUAUCGUGGUUGUUGGCAUUCGUCACCGUCUAUACUUGAGUCUGUUCUGUCCCGUCACCGUCACAACCAAGGAACGUAUAAUCCUUGGUCACUUCUGGACGUCUGAUCAUCACGCUUAACCAUACCAACAAAAGAGAAGUCAGGUGGCUGUCCCGGGCAAAGUUCUCAACCGCUUGUACGAGCUGCGAGAUGAGGUGCGCCUGUUCCUGAUUGAGUCUGAGUCCCAACUUGCUGACCAUCUGACUGACCCUGACUGAGUGGACAUGGCAGGCCACGGGAGACCCAUUGUUGCCACUGAGGAGGUUACCCGAUCCAGGAGAAUAGCACUCCCUCUUUCCCUCACAAGUCGCCUGCAGACCAACACAUGGCGGCAAGUGUUCACCUCUUUGAGACCCCUCGUUGCCCAGACUCGCCAGAGAACCCUCAAUACUUAUGCUCGCAGGCUUCACCAUCGACAACUCAAUCAUCAGUCAAGGAGAGGGAGGUCAGAUGAUCAGUCCUUCCAGAACCAAAGAGAGGACUCUGUAGUCUGGUCAGGAUGGCCUUCUUUGUUCAGCUCCCCCCCACCACACCAGCACACUGGUACACGGACCAGUGCAGGAGGGGAAGCACAGAGUGCCAGUAGCCAGAAUGUUGUAAUAGACAUUGAGAGUGGUGAUAGUCCUGUGAGGAAUGCAUCCAGUAAUACUGUGGAUGACACUUCACUCAGUGAACAGUUCACAAAUACUCUGGAUGCUGAGAAUACUAGUGGCCCUGGAGGACGGAGAGCUAGAGAACCUCCUGACCACACCACUGCUCCUUCGGAAAUUGAACCUUUGCUACCUGCUGGAACAUCAAGUGUUGCAGCAGAUGUAGAUGAAAAUGGUAAUCCUGAUGCUGUUAAUGAAGAAGAUAAUGCUAGGAACAGGAGUGCCAGUGAAUCACUGACCGAGCUACUCAGUCAGUUCCCGGAGGUUCGCAGUGGUUUGCUAGUUGCUUGGAAUUACUGCAUCUUCCUGUUUAUACUUCUUGCCAAAGCAGUUUUUGAUCAUCUCACAGGCCUGAUGGUCAUCUUAGCUCUAGUCGUGGGAUUCUUGUGGAGCAAUAAUAUUGUGAAGAAGGCAGUGUCUCAGCAGGGAAGGCGGCCUAUCAAGCCUCUCUUGGCCCUACUGGUUAACUUACCUGCUGGAGUCUUCCUCUUGUAUUAUUCCUACAGGAGUGAAAAGUUGUUUUACAGUGCUCUCCUCAUCCCUCCUGAACAUGAGGGGUUUGGAGUGCUGGAUCUCAUGUGGAUAGUGAUUGUGUCAGACUAUGUGUUGAAAUUGGCUACUGUGCUGCUGAAGACAGUCAUUGCCCUCAUGCCCCACUCCUUCAUGCACUACCAGAAUAGGGGCAAAUACUUCCUAGUGGUCGAGAUGGGCUCCCAGCUAUACCGAUGUCUGGCUCCCAUCCAACCCUGGCUCUCCUACCUUCUGGAUGGGUACACUGGCCCCCCUAAAGUCUUAGGAGUGUUCUUCUCUGCUGCAUACAUGGUCUGCAAGGGACCUGACAUUGUAACAAAGAUGAAGUGCUUCCAAGGAGCUAUCAUCAAGUUCAUCAACAGUGUGAACUAUGGCUGCACUCCUAGUAAGGCACAGCUUGAAGAUGCCGGAGGUCUCUGCCCUAUAUGUCAUGAUGACUUUUUCUCACCAACAAUGCUAAGAUGUAAGCACAUCUUCUGUGAGCAGUGUGUUGUCACUUGGUUUGACCGAGAACGGACGUGCCCCAUGUGCAGAACUCAGGUGGCUGAUGAUCCUGCCUGGAGGGAUGGCAGCACCACCCACUUCCUGCAACUGUAUUAACAUUAUAAAUAUGCAGCAUAGUAAGUUACACAGGUAUUUCAUAUACCAUAUGAUUAUUGAGAAAUUCAUGGUAUCAGUGAUUCACUUUUCUCAUAUUUCAUCUUUCAGUAGAUUUUUUUACCUCUUCUUUAUUGAACAGUAGCUUGUUUUCAACAAAUAUAUAGGGACCAAUAUCUUGUGGCUCAGUUGAUGACAGUGAGUAGCUGAACUAGCAUGUAGAUAGCCAUGCUUGUGGUCUUUCAAUCAACUUUUAAAUGAUAAAUAUUAACAUUUAAUUUUUUGUUGUUGUUAAUUUGUGUCAAUGCUUAGUUUAGGGUAUAUAUUUACUCAGAAGAUAUUAGUUUUCACUGUCAGUGUUGACAUGCUCUACAUAACUUUCAACAAUCUUCAAUUAAUACAACGUAAACUAUGAACCUAUAAAGAAAUGAAAAAAAAGAGAUUUCUAUGAACCUGUAAAGAAAUGAGAAAAAAAUAAUUGACACCACACUGAAAAGUUUUUAUUGAUUUAUGAUUUUCUUCAGUCAUGAUAAUUUCCAAAUAGCUAAAUUGAACAUACUAAUAUACUGUCUGGCAUAGAGGUAUCUAUUCCUCGUUCUUUCUCUUGAUCGUCUAAAUCUUCCAAACUUGAGUCAAACACAGCCUGUUCUCUCACUAUACAUAAGAGAGGUGGCCCACAAAAGAUACUUCACUCUUCCUUCACUUGAAUCUCAUGCACCUUAUACUUCAUCCCAGAAUCAUGCCAAGUCUUCUUCAAUCUUGCUGCCCUUGAGACCAAGUAUCUAGCCAAAAACAUCUCCAAUAAUCAUGCUACUUGAUCUUUCCUUGCUUAUUUUUACUGACAUCUCAUCUGUUAAAAACUCAAACCUUUCAGAAACUCUACCUUGGAUUAUUCGGGCUUUAUUCACCCUCUCCUCUCCUCCACCCUUGAUCUACUAAAUGCUACCCAUAAAGAUCCUUUGCAGUAAUGUUUUCCAUGUCCUUAAUGGCCCAGCCCUCUUAAGGCUUAUUGACCUGAUUGAAUCCCUUCUUGUUCUCCAAACUGUGACUCCAUCUUUAUGCCUUGCCAUUCAAACUUUUUUAACUCGUGUCUAUCAUAUAAUGUAUAUAUGAGGGCCCCAACACCAUAGGGACUUGAGUGCCAUUUUUUAAUAACUGAGAAAAUGCAUCUAAAGUUUAUGAACAAUAACUCCACUACUAAGAAAGAUAUUGAUUUCAACCAAGUUUCAGAUGAAAGCCCUGCGCUUCAGAAUUUUUUUCCAAGAAUGGGAAAAAAAUGUAUGGUGUGUUUAGGAGAAAAUACAAGUAUUGGUACAUACUACAGUACAAUAGUUUCUGAAAAGAAAGUGACAAAUUGAAGGAUGAUUGAUGGGAUGUUUGAGGAACUCAUUAAGAAAAUAUAGUAAUGAAGGUAAAACAAAGGACUAACAGUUGGCACUUGUUAGUCGACACUCUUAACCCUUUCCCUCCAGGGGUUAAAAUUAUUUUCCAUCUCCAUCUCUGGGGAAAAUUGAUAAACUUAGAAAAUGACAGAAAAGUUUAAAUUAUAAUAUCCAUUUCUCUUUGUAAUUCUGAAUAUAACAAUGUACUUUGCAGCUCACUAUGACUUCUGAGAAUAAAGUUAUCGCCUUAUCAAAAAUUUCUCCCCUAGCUGGGGUGUAACCUGUCAAGUGGAAAUAACCCUGGAGUGUGAUAACACCAUGCAAAUUCAUUCUCUCUCUCUGUUGUUGGCCAUACCAUGAAAAUCAGUGAACAGUUCCUCCACCAUAGGCAUAGUCACUUUCUAGAAACAUCCAUCCUGACAUGGGGGUCCAGUUUUCCUAGCUUGCAUGUGGUGACCUGUUGCUCAGCUUGUGUAGACUAGCCCAGCGUCUCAUAGUUUACUAUGACACUCUUUCUUUCAUUCAAAGGGGUUUCUUGUGUGUAUAUGCCAAAGAGAUGAGCCACUUUCAUCACUGCCAUUCCUAUUGGAGACCAUUAUAACAAUAAUAAUGGCUUAAAUAAAGGUUAUCUGUGAGCAAGACAAUCCUGUACCACAGUGAAUGGAGAACUGGGUGAGCAGGGCUGUCAGGUGAAGGAUUGAUUCAAAUCAAGACUGUGUACAUAGCAGCGUGGUGAUUGGCCCAGGAUGACACAUUUCUUAUGGAAAAAGACACUGAUUAGACAAGCAAUGGCUAUGGGCUGUGCACAGUAUGCUCUUAUUGGCUGGCUGACUCCCACUAACCUUGAGCGUGUCUGGUUCAAAUCAAUAUGACACUAGGCUCAACUGCCAAACAAACACAUACUUCCUGAAUCACUAGGUCAUGAGUUCACUGAUUUCUACAAGACUUUCAACUUUAUUGAAGUCGGAAAACAGUGUGGCAAACAUGGCCAGACAGAGAAAGAGGUGCCAUUUUCACAGAUAUGAACAUCAUGAAAAUUGGGAGGAGGCGCUUGAGUCCCUAUAGUUCUGGGGCCCUCAUGUAUAGUUACUCCGUGAUCUCAAAAACUAGCCUUACUUUCGUACAUUGUGUUAGGUUAUCUUUUGAAGAUGGAAUAUACGAAGUAUGAAAGUUGCAAAUGCAUAUAAUUUCAGCAGUGUGCCACUGUAAUAAGGUUGACAUCACCAACUCAGUCUGCUCUAUUAGACUUCUUUCAUUCUGGAUACUUUGGCCUCUCUGGCUCAGUGUUUGCUUUGUUCCACUAUUCUUUUUUCUUUCUUUAAUUCUGUACCUAAAAAGUAAAUAAGAAAAUUUCAAGAUUUUCAUGGUUUAUGUAUGUGAAUUUGUGAUUGAAAGAUAUGUGCAGCAUUAUUCAAGGACAACAGUAACAAUCCAUGACAUUGUAACCAUUUUGUACUAUUGCUCACAACUAGCCUUAUAUCUACUUUAGCUUUUUCCUUAUUUUUAGCCCCACCAUAUUUAUUGGAUUUAUCUUACAGGUACACUGAACAGGAAAUAAACAAUAAUGGGACAAUAAUUAAACAAUAAUGGGACAAUAAUUUGUGUGUAGAUUUCUAUUACAUUGGAGUGCCAGUAUUAUAAUUCUAGAGAGAAAAAACCGCAUUCUUAAAGAUAUAGUUUCUUUUUACCAAGGAUUUUAUUUUACUAUUUGUUUAUUCAUGAAGAGUUAUCAUUAGAGCAAGAUAAUAAGCUCAUAUGCAGUGCUUUGGUCAAGCAUGUUAUAUGACAGUAAUGAACUAAGGUUAGGAGGGCAUCUUUCCUUAUGCUAAAGCAACUGCAUUGUGCAGUUUGAACUCUAAUAAAACACUUUGGCUUAAAGUCAAACAUGUAACUAAAAAAGCCAUCCAGGCCCAGCUAUGGAUUUAUUGCUUCACUGAUUCAUAUAUAUUGAGUGCAUCACCAUUCUUCUUUAUAUUCUGGAGUUUGUUCAGGGCAUCUCUCAACAUAAUUCCCAUAAUUCUAAUUAUUUGAAUGUUGGAUUCAAGGAAAUUGAACAUUCCCAAGAAUGAGUCUUCAUGAGAUUUGAACCUAGUCAUACUUGUAUACACACA